AUGCGGUUACUUUCCCGCCACUACUUUGCUAAACCAAAAAAAUUCUCUACUCUUUCCAAAUCCACGAAGCUCGACGAAGAAUGCUGCGUUUCUCUUCUUCGAAACUGCAAAUCAAUGAUCCACCUUAAACAAAUCCAGGCCCACAUCUUACGGGUUGGUCUCUAUCGAAACACAGACACUCUGAAGAAGCUCAUGGUCUUUUGUACAGACCCACAUAGCGGAGAUUUGGCUUACGCAGAGAGAGUCUUCAAUUAUAUUCAAAAACCGUGUUUAUUUAUUUAUAAUAUUCUGAUUAAAGCCCUUGCAAAGAAAGGUACCUUUAGAAAAUGUUUGAUGUUGUUCAAUAAAUUGAGGGAGGAUGGUUUGUGGCCUGAUAAUUUUACUUACCCUUUUGUUUUGAAGGCAAUUGGGUGCUUAGGAGAGGUUUUAGAAGGAGAAAAAGUGCACGGGUUCGUGGUGAAAACUGGGCUUGAAUUUGAUGCUUAUGUUUGUAACUCAUUCAUGGAUAUGUAUGCUCAGUUCGGUCAAACGGAUAUUAUGAGGAAGUUGUUUGAUGAAAUGCCUGACAGAGAUGUGGUUUCUUGGAAUGUGUUGAUUUCUGGGUAUGUCAAGUGUAGAAGAUUUGACAAUGCUAUUAAUGUCUUUUGUUGUAUGAGAAAAGAGAGUGAUUUGAGGCCUAAUGAGGCUACGGUGGUGAGCACCAUUUCAGCUUGUGCGGCAUUGAAAUGUUUGGAACUUGGCAAGGAAAUUCAUUGUUAUGUAAGGGAUAGACUUGAAUUCACUUCUAUAAUUGGCAGUGCAUUGUUGGACAUGUACUGUAAGUGUGGUUGUUUGAGUAUAGCCCGAGAAAUAUUUGAUGUGGUGCCUCAUAAAAAUGUUAUUUGUUGGACCAGUAUGGUGUCUGGUUAUGUAAACUAUGGUGAGCUGGAUAAGGCUAGAGAGUUGUUUGAGAGGAGUCCAGUUAGGGAUGUUGUUCUUUGGACAGCGAUGGUUAAUGGGUACGUGCAGUUUAAUCGUUUUGAUGAGGCAGUGGCACUGUUUCAAGAGAUGCAAAUCACAAGGGUUAUGCCAGAUAAAUUCAUAGUAGUCGCUCUUCUCACAGGUUGUGCUCAGAUGGGAUCUUUAGAGCAGGGGACUUGGAUUCAUGGAUACAUAAAUGAUAGCAGAAUUCCUAUAGAUGCAGUUGUCGGCACUUCUCUUAUAGAAAUGUAUUCCAAAUGUGGGAGCAUUGAAAAUGCUUUGGAGAUUUUCAAUGGUUUGAGAGAAAAAGAUACAGCCACAUGGACUUCUAUUAUAUGUGGGCUUGCCAUGAAUGGGAAAUCAAGCAAGGCACUCGAGUUGUUCUCAAAAAUGAAACAAGUUGGGGCCAAACCUGAUGAAGUUACCUUUAUCGGUGUUUUAAGUGCAUGCAGUCAUGGAGGAUUGGUUGAAGAAGGCCGUGAGUUCUUUAAUUGCAUGACGAGUAUUUAUAACAUUGUGCCAAAGUUAGAACACUAUGGGUGUCUGAUUGACUUACUUGGUCGAGCUGGGCGGUUGGAUGAAGCGGAGGAGUUGAUGAAGAAAAUACCAGAUGCAAAAAAUGAAAAAAUAGUUCCACUCUAUGGUUCUUUGCUUAGUGCUUGCAGAAUCUAUAAAAAUGUUCAGAUGGGUGAGCGGAUGGCUGAGCAGCUAGUGAAAAUUGAAUCAAGGGACUCCAGUGUUCACACACUUCUUGCAAAUAUCUAUGCCUCUGCUGGCAGAUGGGUAGAUGUAAAGAGGGUCAGACGGGAAAUGAAAGAACUUGGAGUAAAAAAGGUACCUGGUUGUAGCUCAGUUGAUGCUGACGGAAUAGUCCGUGAGUUUUUUGUUGGGGAUCCAUCUUAUCCAGAAACAAGAGAAAUUCACUCCAUGUAG